UUGACGCAAUCGUGACACCUGUCAAAAGUUUUAUAAUUUUUUACAUUUAUUUGUUAUAAUUUAGUUUAUUUAAAUUUUAAAUCAAUUUAAAAACAAUGUUUUGUCCGCACAAGAACUCUUACCUGCAGCUCACGUGCGCGGUGAAUCCCCGCGUCAUCAACGCGGCGGUGGACCGCGCUAUGCAGGUGAAGAAGUACGAUCCCCAUACAGAACGUCCACCAGCACAACGACUAGAAUCAAUGCAGCCAUCAUUAUUUGCACCGCACGUGGACAUCACGCGCGCCACACUCGGCUUCGGCCGCACAGGACUGCGACUUCUCGUUAGAGAUCUACACUCCCCAGACCCUUUAAUACAGCUUCAAGCUAUACACAGCGUGCUCGAUCAAGUACAAAUAUCAGAGAAUGCUAUGUUUCUGAUCGAUUUACACGUUGCGCAUCGCCUCGCCGACUUGAUGCUGGAAAGGAAUCCUGUCAUCAUGGAGAAGGUGUGUAACAUCCUGUCACAUCUCGCCAACUACUACCAAGGCAGGAAACACAUCUUUACCAGACCUGUCAUCAUCAGUAACUUAAUGUGGCUCCUUAUGAGAGGCAGGAAGGAAGUCAGAUACGCGGCAGGACAUACUUUAUGCACUUUAUCUAGACAUCUAUGUUGUUGCGAAGCUAUCAUGAAAGAAGAUGAUAUUAUAGAGAAUCUAUUGAAGAUGAUAAGAAACGACCAUGUUGGAAUUGUUCUUCUUUUAUUAGAGACUUUAAUGCAUUUAACAGACUGGGAUCCUGAACCACCAUUGAAAGCGAACGCAUUCCAAGUUAUGUUGGCAUUAUUCAAUCACGAGGAUUCAAGAAUAGUGUCAUCUGCGAUGGAUUGUAUGGCCAAAUUAUGCUGUCAUAGUAUUGGGAAAGAAUUAGCCGAUAUUUACGAUAUAACUUUUGUACUAAAACCUUAUUUAAAUGGGACUAUCAAGGUUAAAAUAAGCGCAGUCGGUCUUAUGCAAUAUACAACAUUGACUACAAGAUCGAAAUGGCGAGCUAAAGAGAUAUGUUACAGUCUUACUAAGAUCCUUGUAUCAUUAUGUCAACAUACGAAUAGCCCUAUACUACAACUAAGAGCUAUGCAGGUCUUAAUCAACUUGUGUGAUUGUCCUGAUGUACGUUAUCAUAUGAAAUCACAUUGGGAAAGAAAGGUGAAGAGAAUAUCUAUAGGUUGUGUAGAACUAUGGGACGGUACUGAUGAACUAAGGACAUACGGAUUAGAUACAAGAGUAAGGAGCAAAUCAUUUGAAAAAAUAAGUGAACAUUCAAAUGUAGUCAACUUGUACACAUAUAUUAGACGAGUUAACGCCGCAAAAGAACAUUUACUUCGUGCAAUAAAUUGGAAGCCGUAUGAAUAAAAAUCUUUUGUAUCA